AUGUCCACGAUGCAGAACGAGAACCCCUCAUUCGGCUUUGGCGAUCGGCCCACCCACCGCCUGCCGAAUCGGAAACGUGGCACUCUGCCAAAUCCGGACUCGGCUCCCACGCUUACUUCCACGUCCCUCUACGCCGAAACAUGUGGGCCUCCGACGAAGAACGUCGAUGUCUGCCUCAAACAUACAACGGCUAUCAUCCGUGACAUAAUCACAUCGAUAGAGGCCUGCUACAACGACUUUUCUUCCUCCUUCUUGCCAGGAAUUAUCCGCGAUGUAUCCGGGCUACGACUUUCGAGGCGGGGAGCUUACAAGAAAGCGCAAACAGUCAAGAUUCUGUCGGAUCUGGCUAACCGGGUGUCCUCCCAUGCAUUCCUGGUCAUCGGACCUCCAGUGGGUGCAGAAACCGUGGCCAACUUUCCAGCUUUCCAAUCCCAACAUGUCGGUGUUGGGCCUUCCGACCCAUUAUUGCCUUUCUGCCGAAACACGAGCAACAACGUUCAGAUCCGGCUCAGACCAAGCUCAGAACCAAAAACAUUCCGCUUUGAAGUUUGA